CCCCCGGGCAAUAGGGGAUCAAGGGGCCCCUGUGUCCUUACCCAAACUCAAAAAAGCCUAUGAAAAAGGUACCAGGGGCAUCCCGGGCCCUCGGGCGGUGCCCGGGUUUCCAAAUGGUCAGUCCGCCCCUGAUACAUACACACAUACUGAAAGAUAGCUUUCAUUUUUAUAUCUCCUUGCUGUUCCAUAUUUUCAUGAGUAUAGUUCAUAUAAAGAAUUGUCACUCUAAUGGCUAUUUGUGUAUAAUGCAG